AUGUCUUCAUUCAACCCACUUACCUCAAUUUUAAACCAAAACAAGUUAGAAGGACUGAAUUAUGUUGACUGGAAAAGGAACCUUGAUAUUGUCCUAACUGCUGAAGGUUACAAAUUUGUAAUCACUGAGGAGUGCCUAGAAAAACCCGAAAAUGCUACCGAUGAUCAGGUUAAGGCCUAUGACAAAUGGGUUAAGGCUGAUGAGAUGGCGCAAUCAUCAGUCUAUGGGUCUGCUUAUGAUAUGCUCGAAAGUCUCAAAGAUAUGUUUGAUGAGCAAAAUCGUGCAGCUAAGCAGACAACUAUGAAAUCCCUUUUGAACACCAAGAUGGCUGAAGGAUCAUCGGUCAGGGACCAUGUUCUGAAAAUGAUGAGUCUUUUGAAUGAACUGGAGGUCCUUGGAGCUGUGAUUGAUAAGGAGUCUCAAGUUGAGAUGGUCCUACAGACUCUGCCUGACAAUUUUUAA